AUGGCUUUCCAGAGCAGUGUUCUCAGAGAUGGCGAGUGGGUGACAGAGACGGUCAACUUCCAAGAUGCCCUGAAGGCCUCCACCGCGCCCAAGACCAAUCCCAAGCCCCGUGCCGAGCCUCCUGUCUGUGGUGUUCUAACUAGAACCCUAAUCGAGAGCCCCGUUGUCCACUGGGUUCUUCCCGUCUGGAUACGAUCCCGUUCUCACAAUGAUGUUGCUUUUGUUGGCGAUCACUUUGUUCAAAUCAGUGAGCUUCGCGACGAUGGACAAGCCCAUGAGGUCAUAAGAAAAGCCGACUUCGGCUCCAGAAUCCGAAAUGCCCUUGUUCUCGGAACACCCCCUGAGGGCGGCCCCGAUGGUACAGCUUCCAGCGUUAUCAAGACCGAAGACGCCGAUAUUCUCAUGCAAGACGCCCCGAAGCCACAUGAAGGGAAUGUCCGUCAGCCGCUUCCUCCCCAACUUCUCGUAUUGAUCCUCGAAUCCUCUGAUAUGGUAUUCCUCUUCGUUCGAGAGCUCCCGGAUCAUACUCUCGAAUUCGUCACCACCAAGUAUGAGAGCCCUAGGAACCUCAAGUUCCUGGGAUACCACUUCAUCAUCAACCCAUCUUCGCGCUACAUAGCUGCUGGCUCUGCCGAGGGCGCAUUCAUCGUAUACUACCUGGAAACGUUAGCAAACAUGAGCACUCAGUACCAGCUCCAAGGAUAUUAUCAACCUGUCAAAAACCUCAAGGUCCGAAUUGCCGAUGGAAUCAUUCACAAGCUGGAGUUUCUGUAUCCGCGACCUGAGGACGACUACCACAUCAUCCUCCUCAUCAUCAUCGUCCGGCGGGAGGCGAUCCGGGGGUCUUACACCACCCGAAUGGUGGUGUAUGAUUGGGAGCUCAGCGAUGAUGUUGAGUCCAUUCUCAAAGCAGAGAAGUCGGGAACGCCACUUCCAAAGGAACAUCGGAUGCCACUAAUGAUCAUACCUUUGAGGAUCAAUACCGCUUUCAUCGCUGUCUCCGAACACGCCAUUGGGAUUGUCAAGAACGCCUUUACGGGGCAUACCUCGUUUGACACUCUGGAAACGCACUCUCCCAGCCAGACCAACUUGCAUCAUGGAGCUGCCGGUCCCCUUUGGACCGCCUGGGCAAGACCCUUUCGCCUCAACAAGUACUUUGAAAAGACGGACAUCAUCUAUCUGGCACGCGAAGACGGCGUCAUUGCCCAUAUCGAGCUCGACUCAGCAGACCUUCUUCCGUCAGUGACUACUGUUGGAACGAUCAGCACGAAUAUCUCAACCGCCUUUACAACGGCCUAUGAUGUCUUCUCAGACGUGUUCAUUAUUGGUAGCGAAUCAGGCCCAGGGGGCAUCUGGAAGCUUGCCGCUCGAAGUGACCCCCAGCAAGUAAGCACGAUCGCCAACUGGUCUCCCGUUGUCGACAUGGCCACGACAGACGGAAACGAUUCUUGGACAGACGGGGUGGCACUCCGGGAUCGUUCGGGUAGAUCUAAACUGUCGCCGAAUCUUUCUCAAAAGCCGGAUCGAAUUUUCUGCACCUCGGGCCGUGGGCCCCGGUCCAGCUUAACGGAGCUGAGAUGGGGCAUUCAAGCCAGAAUCGGACUAGAAUUUGACUACGACCAGGUUGUCCGCCAGUCAUGGAUGUUCCCCGUGGAGAGUCAGGGAGAGCGAGGCUUUUAUGCCAUCCUCUCAAUGCCACAUUCUUCUGAUGUCCUUCACUUUCCUGCUAAUCUCAGCAAUGCCAGCGCUUUGUCCUCGGAGGUCUCACCCUUUGAUACCAGCUCGCGAACGAUAUCAGUUUGCCAAAACGACCAAGGAACAAUUGUACAGGUCACAGAGACAUCCACUAGCCUGGUUGCCUCCUCACAAAGGCAAGUACUCUCCUUCUCCCGGCAUACACACGGCGAUGUUUGCGGACUCGAUUCUCUGGUUGCAGAUAACGCAUGUUGCGAGAAUGAUAUCGUCGUCAUCUCCUCGCAUAACGGCCAAGCAUCACGUCUGGAUGUCCUACGGAUCGACCAGAUGAAUGUGACAAAAGUUGCCUCGGUAGACACAGCUGGAGAGGUUACAUGUCUUUCUCUGUUCACCCUCCUAGGCGACACAUAUAUCGUGGUAGGCUCCGUUAUCGACGGUACACCAUGGAUUUUCAACUAUACUCUGGAUGGCCAAGAGGUUAGAAGCCACAGUAUGGAGUCACAUUGCGGAUAUGGUGCUCAGCCGUUCCAGUUCCGAAUGGAGGCUUUCACAAGCAUCUCGGCAGUCAAUGAUGGUCCAAACAAGGCCAUACUCGUAUUCGGAACCAGGAGCGGUCACCUAGCCACCGUUCGAAUCUCAAACGAUGGGAUUGAAGAUAUUUCGAUGACUGUUGAGCAGCUUGGCUUGGCACCUACGAAGGUGUCUCCUGCUUCAGGUCCCUUUGACGGAGGCCCUGCCUUCUUCGUCUGUUGUGACAACAGUCUAUGGGUGAUCACGGACUUUUCGGAGCAAGAGACCAAGUUCAAGACAAAGAACCUUAUCUGGCCGACUGAUUCCAGUGAUCCAUCCUUGCCGGCGCCGCCCAUUCACGCAGUCUAUUGCCUCGCAGACAGCCUUUCCAACUAUCCCCAACACAUGUCUUUGAUGUUGCUGGCUGGAACACGGAUCCUUCUCGUGGAUAUCUGGCCUCACGUCGGCCCCGUUCCCCGCAGCAUUCCCCUUGCCGGAACACCGGUGCGAGUCAUCUACUCCCAGACCUGGAAGUGCUUGGUGGUGGCGCACUUUGACGAGGAAGAUCGCUCGACCCUUUCUUUCAUCGACCCUGACUCAGGGGCCACGAUUUCGAGUGCUUCCGACAAGAACAAGAAACCAUCUCAGCACAUCUCUGGGCUAGGCCAUGCAGGAGACAGGAUCUUCGGCUUGAACGAAUGGCUUUAUGUCAAGGAUGGCAAGACCUUCCCGUUCCUCAUCGUGACCACGCAACAAGGCCGCUUGAUGAUUGUAUCUGUGAAAGAAAAGAAGGUUGAGACGGAGAACGGGCCAUCAAGGGAGUUGCAGUAUUGGACCCGGUACAAGAAGAAGGGCUUUUCAGCACCCGUCUACUCGGCUGUGGGAGACGCUGUGGGCCUCCUGUUUUGCGUCGGUGAUACGCUGCACUGGGAGGUUCUCGACCUCGCUGAAAAGAGGCUGAAACCGAUGAAAGAGUUCCGACUAGACUCUCCUGCCAUCUCACUGAGUGUGGAGAGGAGCAAAGUGUUUGCCUUGACAGCGAUGCAUUCCAUGCUGGUCAUCGACCUCCACGUUGAAUCCGAGCAUGCGGAGGCCUCCCUUAUCCAUUGUGAUCAGGUAGUGCGGUACACGUCUCAUAUGGUUGAGAUGGGGGAUUCAGAGGAUCAGCUUGGCGAGUGGCCACUGAAUCUCCUCUCGACCAGCCACGCAAACUUUGCUGGGCUUUGGGUUCCUCGGGGCCAACGGAACAGGGAAUUCGAGGUUGUCGUCUCUGGAAAGUUGCCCACAUCAAUAAGGAGAUUCCAGCGCGGGCACACGCGCCCAUUUUGGGUGGCUGCGAACCGCCAGCGGCAAUACAACACCCUCUUCAGUACGGUUGACCAGGCCGAGGUGUUGGGCGUGUCCCUCGAUGGCUCGCUACAGCACUUUGCACUGAUAGGCCUCGACUUGUGGAGAUUCUUACGACUUGUUCAGAACCUGGCAAAGCACGACAAAGACAUCUGCCCCUUUGAGCCCGGCAACGACUCAAAGAAGAAGAGGGAUGAGGAUGAGGACAUGUAUUUGAAUCUCGAGCCCCAGAUGGUUCCGGAAAAUAUGCACGUUGACGGCAACGUGCUGAAGCGCUGCUUUGACCGACGCGCUUUGGAAACGCUGGUUUCCAUGGGGGAUGGCUUGGAUUUGUUUUGCGAGUAUCUAGAUGGCAUCGAUGAAGGAAAACACACAGAGGCGUUCCGAACUGACGGGGAAGAUGGACAUGAGAAGUAUCUCGAGCUGGGCUACGAGAUCUUGGAGCAUAUUUUAGCGCCAGUUAUCUGA